UUUGAAAAUACGUCAUGGGAUUCUAACCAAAGGCGGCAGCAAUGAGAAAUUUGAAAUUUUGGGGCUAGCGAGCUAAGUGCUAGCGUACGUCUCGAAUGGGUAAUAAUCGGAUAUCUUUUUACUAAAAACCAUGGCGUCGUAUCAUCAGUUAUUACAACACACGAAACCUCGGUUUGAAUCUCCCGCCAAGGUGUUCGCGAAGCUAAAAUCCAAAGUCCAGAGGGAAACGAUGUGCGCGAGGGACCCGCAGUUUAACGUAAGAGAGGAACAUGGAACGGAUCUUAACUCGCCGAGGAAGAGAGCAGAGAGCUGCUGGAUGUCCGAUGAGCUCAAGGAAAAUCAGAGGGUUGGUUUUUAUCGCAGUGAAGUGCAGGCUCUGACCCUCUCGCCCAUUAAGACUCCUCAGAAAACCUUCGGGUACUCAUUUUCAGACCAGCCUGUGGAGGAAAUGCCUCCUGUGUCUGAAAUGGGACAUGCUUUUAUGUCAAGAUAUGGAGACGCAAAGAGAGCGUUCCUGGAGUCAACAGCUGUGUCCCAUCCCCAGUCUCUGAUCAGCAGAGAGCGGAUCCACUCAGAGCCACAUCAGGUCAGAGACUUAGACGGCUUUAAUGUGACCAGCAGGACCCCAGUGAAGAUACAGCCAGUAGAAAAUGGCUUUGUGAGGGGUGUGUUUCAGGAGGAUCCGGCUCCUCUCCACAGCCGGUCUCCAGCCAAGAUGUUGUCCCCCAUGAAGAAGAGGCCGCUGAAGAGAAAAUGGGAGCAGCAAGAGUUCAACAAAGUCAGCAGCAGCACAAAGGAGGUCAACAGUGAAAUUAUAAGUCAGCCACAAGUAAGAAAAACCUCCACUGCUUUCAGCGAGGAGAACAUCCACAACAAGACAUACACAGAGGAGGAUCUGGGUGAUGUUAGGGGGCUCCCUGCAGACGGAGCAGAGAUGAACCAGCUGACUCAUGAACCAGUGUUCCAAAAACCAAGGGACCACACACUGAAAUAUUGCCGUGUUACCUUGGAAAAUAUUCCUCAGAUGUCUCCAGCCAAGAUGUUUGCAUACAUGAAGGAGAGAGAAAGUAAGAGGGAGCAGAGGGAAUUUCAUGAAGUCAGCAGCAGCACAAGGGAACUCUUCGAUAAGGGUAAUAAUUUCCAUCAGGAUACACCUCACAAUAUGGCUGAAAUGGAGGACGUUGCCUUCAGAGGUGCUCCAGAAAGUGUGGUUUCUGUCGACUGCUCCAGAGCAGAGUCAGCUGACACCCAAUCAGAUCAAUCUGAGGACGUCCCGACCCCGUCCACAUCACAACCAGUUCUGCACGAAGAUCCUCUCGUGCUCAAUUCGCCGCGGAUCUCCAUCCCAAAGAAACAGCAGGCGGUGUUCAAACGUAGCCAAUGGCCCCACCUCAGAAAAUUCCCAAAUGAGAGUGUUAUUUAUCUCAAAAACUGGUUUUUGAGGAAGAAUCAUAAAGGCCUGUUUGUUGAUGGAAUCCACAGGGAGGACAACAUACCAUGGAACAGCAACAUCGUUGUGGAGAGGGUUUCUAAUUCUGUGCUGAAGACUGUCUCUGGCAGGGUUUACGUUUUGGUUGGCAAGAUGAAAUUGGACGUUGAUGCUGGGUUUCCCAGUUGGCUUUUGAAGAGGUUUGUUGACGGUUUUCCUCCAAACUGGAAGGCGCUUUAUGAGAAGUUUCUGUCAGAGUCAAGAGACAGCACCAGCAGAGAAACAGAGAGGACCAGUGAAGAGAGGGCCGUCAUAGCCAAGACAAAAUCUGAGGCGUCCUCCACCAAGACCUCUGAGAUGAAGCUCAGGCGAAAGCCUUGCAAGACACCUGUUUCCUGUCCUCCUGCCGUCUCCUCCUCUGUAAAAGUGUCUCGAAGUGGUCGGCUGAUCAAGCCACCUCUGGAGUAUUGGAAAGGAGGGAGAGUCAUUGUGGAUGCACACAUGAAUGUUACCAUCCAUGAAUGUUAUGAUACCUCCUUCUGCAUCCCUGAGGUGACUUCAAAAGUGCCUACGAGGACGUCACAGAAACCUGCCCGUGUGUUCCUGCCCUGCAGUGAAGGCCGCAAGCAAUGCGAAUCAGCCAGCGAUGGAGAGACUGCUGUGCCACUGAGGAAGGUCAAGGCCCCUCUCCGCAAACACAGACGAACCAAGGUUAUUCAUGACGAGAAGCCCUCGAAUACACCUGAACCUCCUACGGAGAUAAAUAGCAGUCCAGGGGAGUGGUCGAGCAGAACGAGACCGUCCAGGAAAAGGUGUCCAGCUACGGAACGAGUGUUGUAUGUAGACGCCGCCCCCCAAAAACGAAAAGAGGCCGAGAAAGCUUCAACACGAAGAUCAAAAAAACAGACACAUGACACCAACAGGUCUUCAGGGAGAAGGCACAGACGGACAGUUACAGCAUCCUCUGAAUCUCCCACUGAUAAUGACACAACAUUACAGCAACAGUCAUCAGAUCAGGAGAUUUCCACUGAGAGAGGGAAGCAGAGGAGAGGAGUGCACAGGAGGAGAGGUGGGAAGGGUCUGAAAAAGUCACAGCCAAGCCACGUAUCUCCUUUGAGUCAGUCAGAGUCCUCUGAGGAGAGUGGAAGGGAACUGAGGAGGAGAACCAGAGUAACAAAAAACAGGAACGCAACACAAAGAAAACACAGAGAACAGAGCAAAUGCACCAAAGUUUCACCUCCCACAAAGCAUUUGCCGAAGUCGUCGCAAUCCAGCAAGACGCACAAGGCAAAGAAAGGCAGCGCAGUCAAUCCAGAAGAACAAGAUGAAGACAGGUGGACCGAGGCGGAGCUCAUGAAGCUACAAGAGGCUGUAUCCUACUAUCCUAAGCAUGUGGCAGGUUACUGGGCAAAGGUGGCGAGGAUGGUGGGAACGCGUUCUGCAGAAGAAUGCCACAACCAGCACACGUCUCAUGGAACGUCACAGACUCCUGUUAAGAAAACCACGAAUCCCAGGAAGGAAAAGGUGGAAGCACCAAAAGAUCCAGCUACAGAUCAUCCUGUGAUAUCUGCCCGAGCGGGAACCUUAAAGAGGAAGCAGCAGGUGCGUCAGUUCCUGGAGGCCAUGCCCAGGGAAGACGUUGACGAUGUUUUCAGUUCUGCGUACAUGCAGAAUAAACGCUUUGAGAUCCCCUCCAUGUGUCAGAGUGAAGACAAUGACUUUGCGAUGUCGGACCUGGAGCCUGUGACCCCGAUGUCGAAGGUCUUUCCGGAAGUGAAGACACCUCAGUGUCUGCACAUCACCCCUGGCAUGAUGGGCUCUCCAAACAGGAAUAAUGGCGACAAGUACGUGUAUCAGCUCCAGAAGAGGAUGAAGAAAAAUCAGUUUAAUGUCUGCAAAAAGGCUCGUUCCUCAAAGAGCUUUUCACCCUCGCCAUCAGUUAAACAAACAAUGAGAAGAUGUGGUAACACAGAAAAUGACACCUUCGUUGUUUGGGAGAUGUUCCCUGGAAAGGACGGAGUGCUGUCUGAAAGUGGCGAGGAAGAGGAUUUUUACUUCUCAGACAACGACUGAUCGGAGCCGGAGCUGACACGUCAUGUCGUAACAAAAAAUGUGAAAUCACUCAUAUGAAUUAAAAUGAGUGGAACAGAGGAGAGAUGUCACUUUGUACUUGUUUAGCUCAUCAGAUGUGAACAAUAAAACAGUUAAAAUUGUCUUUCAUAUGUAAGAAGUGGAGGGAUUUUUUUUUUUAUAUGGAAACUCAGGAUUUGAUCACAUCAGUAUGAAACAAAUGGCCAGAUUAAUUGAUUUGUAAUUUUUAAACAAAAUUCCAGCAAGUUACUGUAUAUAUUGUUUAAAGCAGGGAGAGUGGGUUGUAACUAUUCUUUUAAUAAACAUUCUUAAAUACUUAGUUAUGGUGUAUUUGUGUACAUUACAUAUUUAGAGAGAAAUUAUUUUCUGUGGAAAUGGUUCACAACUUUUAUUGGUUUGUACCCUCUCAAAAUGAAGUUGUGUUCACAAAAAAGUCUGAAUUGUGAUAAAAAAUAAACAUUUUUUAAACAACAAA